CCACACAAGCCCAAGAUCAUCAUCAUCAUCAAUCACAUUUCACUCCUACAGCUGAGGUUUCGGUACUAUAAUUCGAUUUUGUUCGAGAAAUGGCCUACAAAACAAGCUCGAAGGGCACAACCCCGCGAAAGGGCAUCAAGGACAACACAUUCUCGGGACUCGGGAGCCUCAUCAAGCUCCUUCCCACCGGUACGGUCUUCGUGUUCCAGUUCCUCAACCCUCUCUUUACUGACAAUGGCGAGUGCGACAGCCGUAUGAACAGGCAUCUCAGCGCGGCACUCAUCGGUCUCUGCGGGCUCUCCUGCUUCUUCUCGUCCUUCACUGACAGCUAUGUGGACCUUGACGGGUCAGUCCACUAUGGGAUCGCCACCCGCAAAGGACUCUGGCCUAGCGGCGAUGAUUCGGUGGACCUGUCUAAGUAUAAGCUCCAGUUUCAGGACUUUGUCCAUGCCGUGCUCUCAUUUAUGGUGUUCGGUGCCGUGGCCUUCCUGGACUCGAACACAAUGGAGUGCUUCUCCCCUAAGUACGAGAAAAAUGAGAAGCUAACGAUCAUGCUCAAGGCUCUGCCUCCUCUGAUCGGUGCGAUGGCGGGAACUGUGUUCAUGAUGUUCCCGAACAAGCGCCAUGGAAUUGGGUACCCCCCUGAGAAUGACAGCGAGGACGACGAUCAUGGCAUAAGUUCUUAAGAUGAAGUAUGUUAGGGGUCCAAAACUAUACAACCCGAGUCAUUUAUAGUUCUAUUUAUAUAUUGUCGGUAUUGCGAGCUUGCAGCUGCCUGAAUAAGGAUUAUAUUUUCCUUUUCGAUUUUCUCAUUGUAAUCAUAUUUGUUCUGUGUGCUUGACUGUCCAAUGUAAGGUCGCCUGUUAUGUGUCUUAAAUUAUUAAAGACCUGAUCUUAAUUUUA